GUGUGUUUCUUGAAAAGUGGCAAAUUGCCAAGCAGUAAAACGUCCGAACUAGCAACAAGUACGAGCGAGUACAAAUUAAAGUGAAGGUAUAAAGCACAAUGCCAGACAGCAAAAAAGCCGAUGAAGAAAUUAGCGAUAAGGCAUCAACGUGUGGGAAGGUGCUGAUAUUCCUAUCUCUUGUGCUUGUCAUACUAACAUUGCCGUUUAGUUUGUUCGUGUGCUUUAAGGUAGUACAGGAGUAUGAACGCGCUGUUAUAUUUCGUUUGGGUCGUCUUAUGCAAGGUGGAGCAAAGGGCCCUGGUAUCUUCUUUAUUCUGCCUUGCAUUGACUCGUAUGCCCGUGUGGACCUACGUACACGCACUUAUGAUGUUCCACCACAGGAGGUUCUGACAAAGGAUAGCGUCACCGUCUCGGUGGAUGCAGUGGUUUAUUAUCGCGUUUCCAAUGCGACAGUUUCUAUAGCGAACGUGGAGAACGCUCACCAUUCGACCAGACUUUUGGCACAGACUACUCUACGAAACACAAUGGGAACUCGGCAUUUGCAUGAGAUACUCAGCGAACGAAUGACAAUUUCCGGCACAAUGCAGGUUCAACUGGACGAAGCAACUGACGCAUGGGGCAUUAAAGUCGAACGUGUUGAAAUCAAGGAUGUACGUUUGCCAGUACAACUGCAACGCGCUAUGGCCGCCGAAGCCGAAGCAGCGCGUGAGGCACGUGCUAAAGUUAUUGCCGCCGAAGGAGAGCAGAAAGCAUCCAAGGCAUUGCGCGAAGCAUCUGAGGUAAUCGGAGGCUCACCAGCAGCGCUACAAUUGCGCUACUUACAGACACUUAACACAAUAUCGGCGGAAAAGAACUCAACGAUAGUUUUCCCAUUACCCAUCGAUUUAAUCACUUAUUUCCUAAAGACAACCGAAGCGACGGCGCAGCAGCAGCAAAAUGCCGUUGUGCCAGCGGUGGCAGGCGUGAGCACGGAACAUUCACCGCAGCAAUCGACAUCACCGCAAGCGGGAAUACAAACAUCAUCUAUGUAAAAAACAAAAACAUAACGUAGAUAACCGUAAGCAAGGAACAUAAUUUGCAAACGAUUUUAUGAUAAAUCAAAAGCGAAAAAAUAUUUGCAUAUAAGAAAAUAUAGAUUUUCGAUUUUGAACAGAGUGGAUGAAAGGAGUUCGAAACAGUGAGCACAAAAAGUAUGCGUCGUCGAUCAAGUGAAUUAAAUUAAAAGUUUAGACUUUCAAAUAGUCAAUAGACGUGUCCUAGUCUAUUCAGCCUACUUAUAAAUGUUAGUUAUAUUACUUAAAACUCCAUGAGCACAAUAACAGUUAGAUUAAAGCCGAAAAUUAGCUUCAAUUAAUUUACUUGAAUUUAACUAUGAAGUUGCUGGUUACCUAUUGUCGUCAUCCCGGUAGUAACAGUAAAUAAGAACAAUAUUGGCAUGCGUCUCUCAUAAUGCAGGGCGGCAAAACACUCUCAUAGCCACUCGUACAUAGUAGGUGUACGAGUAUUUAUACGUUAAUUCUCAAUGUAUGUAUGCACAAACAUAUAUGACAGCCUUAAACCUAACCUGGCUCCCUCACUCUUGUGUUGCUAUCACACCAGCGUUAAAUUACUAGCAUGAGCCGACUUGUUACUUUAAAGAAUAGUAUUAGUAGCAUAAUAACAAAAAACCGCAUUCAAAUAGUUGAGUCGUAGUGUUGAAGGAAAUCUGAGGCGUCUUGCAAAGGGUACUAGUGAUAAGAUUCUUAUCACGAACCAAGAUCUUGAAAAAUCCCAAACCUAAGAUCCAAAUGUUGUAAAAAAUUAAGCGACGAAUACUUUUUGUGCACACUUCACACAUGCCCACACACAUCUAGCGUGUAUAUUUACAACAUACUGAAUAAGGAUGGUAUAGUAUAAGUAGUUUUAGGGAGUUGAAAUAAUGUUGCUGAAUGGCGUUAAGUUUGCUCGAUUAGCGUAAAUUCAAACAAAUUGCAAUUUUCCAAAUAUUGAUUGCAAAAAUUUAUUACAGUUAUUAGCUGUCUCAAAUAUAUUAGAUAUAUUCAUUAUUGCAAAACAUUAAUAAGCCACGAAAAAUAUACAUAAUACUUAGUACUUUUAUUGUAUUAAACAAAAAUUGUGCAAUACAUAAUUAUUUGAUGAUUUCAAGAGAUUUACAAGCACGCAAUGGAUUUAUCAAAAACUUAGCUACGCAAAUACUUAAGUAGUUAUAUAUUUAUCAACUACCACGGCAUUUAAAAGUUUAAUGACUUGUUUUACAAUUUAAAUAGUUAAAAAAUUGAUGAGAGGUAGUUUAAUAUAUUUGUGUGUAUGUAUAUGUGCAUCUAAUAUUAAGCCUCGGUCUGCGUAUAAGUGCUUUAAAAAAUAGCGUAAUUGGGAGUAUAAGUGACAAAUACAUAUAUUAUACAUUUGUAUAGAUGUAUGUAAGAGCAACAGAUACAUGUGUAUAUACGCAGAUACAUAUGUAUAAGUACCCAAAAGUCGCAUGUCCCUUUCUAAUCAGAUUGCAUUGUGACUUCGAUAAUUUCCUCACAAAAAAAUGCUGAAAAAUUAGGAACAAAAUGAUGCUACAAGGAGGUGUAAACUUAAUCAGCCAAGUUGGUUUUUGCAUAUCUGUUUUAUUAAAUAAAAUAAAAAUAGUUUGCGUGGUGGAAACCUUUAUUUAGGCCUGCUUGUUUGUUUGUAUAUUGAAGUUCACAAGUGUCAAAUGUGAUUGGCAUUCAAUGUCAUUUGCAAGAAAUAUAAAUCUCCCGAUAUCGUGACAUACAGUGUACUCUGCCCCGCUUGUGCAGAGGGCCCCACUUUUUAUGCGUCUGUCCCGCCUUCGCUUGAGAUCUUUGGCCUGGUGUGUUAAUAAGCGACCACCUUGGCUCUUUAGCACCACAAGAUCUAAUCAGAUGUCUUCGGAGGACGGGUAGAUCUAAAGAAAAUUAAAAGGAAAUCCGAAUACAGUACAAUGGACUUAAUGUUGCCUGAGUGUUGUACUUACUAGUUGUCCCGACAAAAAGAAUAAAAACUUUUCCGAUAUAAUGAUUCAUUUUGCGCCACCAAUUAAAGAUUUGAGUUAAAAGACUGGAUUGAUUUAAACUGAAUUUUUUUAAUUUUUAUAUUUUAAUUUUGUGAAAUCAAGGGCGAUUUAACACUAAAGCAACAAAUUAUUGCUAUUACUAAUGUUAUUUGGCGAUAUUUCAACCUCAAUUAUAGCUCAUGACUGUAACGAAAUUUCUUCUUUUAAAAAAGGUUUUUUUAUUUUUGGGAAAAUCAGUGUUGCUACGUCUUACAGCUUUAUUUGUGAACUACGUGGAAUUAAUGAAAUACUUGGCUAAUGCUAAAAAAUAUGUAGUACAGUUGCCGAAAAAUAUUACCAAAAAGAAAUUACGUUUGCACAAAAAUUCUAAAUUUAACCCUAUUUGUCUAUAGCGAUAUUUUGUUAAUCCUUUCAGGAGCAGUUCGUUUGCGAUUGGCAUCGCUCUUUCAUCCUACAUUACAAACGCCAGCAGAAUACAUUUAAUAUACAAAAAUUAAUCACCCUAUCGCGUAAUAAAAAUGCCCAUAAUUUUUUCUAAAUGAUUAAUUUUUACUGGUCAAGACUUCUGACGCUUAUUAGGUUUUGUUAACUCUACUGAUCUACACCCCCAUUAUCAUAUGCACCAGAAUGGUCCAUAGAGCCCACAAAGGAUUAUAUACGAGCGUAUUCUUUGAAUCCUUACCUUAACGUACUGUUUCAUUCUCUUGUUGCAAAUACCCCUCAAUGAGGAGAAGAAUGCAGAACCAAGGACACUAAGUCCCGUUCUGAGAGACGCUAUGUGAUAAAGCAGGUAGUUAUGAGUAUAUUUACAAUACCUUCAUUGUACUUUUUGUACUUUAUUUUUCGAGAUUUUGACAAACGAUUACGUCAGUGCUGGAAAUUGGGAAUAAGCUAUCUCGUAUUAUCUCAUUAUAUCUCAUUCUUGGUUACAAGCUGCGUAUAUUUCACGUUUCCCCUGGGGAGCACUUUACGUAAAGAAAUUGUGGUGGGGGGAAGUGAAAAGUUGGUAGUUUCUUCGUUGCAGAAGUGAUUCCUGCAAAAUUGCAUUCAACAAGGUCUACGUUUUCAAUAUGAUUGACAUCUCUGGCUCCGCUCUCAGGUAGCCGAGAUAGUCCCUUGACCGAGAACAGUUUAAGACAGUUAAAGUUAUCAGGAAAAAAUUUCAUAUGCACGUGGAAAUAUUAAUGUUGCGUACUCUAUUUUUCACUUUCUCAUCAAAUUCAUUUUUAAAGGACUUUAAAGUUUCAAAGAACUAAAUUUUCAAAAAAUUAUCAUCAUUAAUUUCUUUUAUCACCCAUAAAAUUUAGGCCUUCAGAUAAUAUUUCCUUCACAAUGACUUUAAUUUCUUUAGAUGACUCCCCGGUAGCACUUAUCUUCUUUUCAAGCGUUCUCUUCCAUGUGCACCUAGGCCGAUUUUGCCGUCUGCUUUCUAGCAGGUUCCAUUGCAGUGCCUGCCUGCAGACUUUAGUUGGGCCCGUUCGUAAGGUCUCCCCGAUCUAUUUCGAUUUUCUAAGUUGUAUCUUAGAAUGUUUAGGUAGUUUAUUGCCCUGAUCCCAAAGAUCUGCGUUGGAGACUAUUCUGGGCCACCAGAUACGCAGAAUCGUAGAAUCCGCCAUAGGCACUUAUUGAUGGAAACUUGUACUAUGUUGGGGAGCAAGUCUGCCAUUAACCAUGUUUCGCAGCCAUAGAGAAAAACCGAUUUAACGUUGGAUUUAAAGAUGCGCAUGUUAAUUAUAGUGGAAAUCGUAGAAGAAAUCCAGACUUUAUUAAGUUGCGCAAUCGCACCGAGGGCUUUUGCCAGUCUAGACUGAAUGUCAUCUGCUGCACCGCCGUCUGUAGAAAUAAUGCGUCCCCAGUAAGUAAAGUUGUCGACAUUUUUAAUAUUGGUAUUUGUUGCGUUAAAACUGCUGCCACGAUCCCCCAAAUUCACUCUUAAUGAUUUCGUUUUUCUGAAUUUAAUAUUUUUGAUUUUUAAAGUUUUUCAUCUUUAGUCAGACCUUUUGAGAUUCAAAAAAUUGUUUUAAAUAAUAUGCUCAUUCAAACUAUGAUAUCCUUAUAAAUUUCACAAGAAAGUAAAUAUAUUCAGCUACUAAAAAAACAUUUUGUUUACAUUCGCCUGGGCAAAUCUAGAUUUUUAUAGUAACCAUUGCGUAUACUUUACUUCAUAGGAGGAAAACGGAACCAUUUUUUUACGUUUAUUAUAAAACUUAUCUGUGAAUGAAGAAGUAGUAGGGUUAGCGAGAUUUGCUCAGUUUUCAUUUCUUUAUUUAGCCACCUGCCUAAAAUCUUAAACUAUUCCAGUCGCAUAUGCAAAUGUUGGAGCUUAUCUAGUUUUUAUUAAUUGUUAUGUAGCAAAUUCUACUCUUAACGCUCUAAAUGUGUAUUCAAAAAUCAUGCAUAAAUCAAAAAACAAUUGAACGCUGCAUAGGUAAAAGGAAUUUAAAAUAAGAUUAGAAAUGCGUACAUAUAUACACACGUUUGCUUGCUUGCAAACAUAGUAGACAGUAUAUAAGUAGCGAAAGAAAAUCGAAAUAGGUACGUAGGUUCAUGAACAAACAAUCUCAAUCGAUAUUCAAAUUUGAAACAGUUCAUUUAACUUUACUUACAAAAACUAAAAUGUACACGACUUAACUUACAUAUACAUAAAUUUAAGUAAAUAUGUAAUUAGUACAAUUUAUUCGAUUUCAUGCUGUACUGAGCAGCAGACAAUUUUUACUUUCAAUUGUAAUAUCUCUAGAAUCAAAUAAUGUGUGAUAAGGUCGCGUGUUUCAAUGAUUGAGUGCCAAAAAAAGGAGUUGAAGUAUGAAAUAUUACAAAAGUCAGUAAUUACAAAUUACUCUAACGAUUUGCAUUAAUACAUUAGACAAUUAUUAGUUAGAAUGUUUACAAACUUGCUUGUAUGCGAAGGGUUAUUAUGUAUGUAUUAUAACGUAAAUUACACUAUGCGCGACAAUUUGAUGGUGAGUACAAGUGAUCGCUAUCAAAGUAUGCUCUUUAGAGUGGUGUGGUGCAAAUGAGGUCGGUGGAGUUCGCUGGGGAGUGAAAUGGCAGCUCGCUAAAUGAUACCCUAAAGAACUUUCGAUACAUAGGUAGUCAUAAAACAUAUCGCCCGUCUGCUGGAAGAACGUCAUAACAUAAAAAAUGAAAAUGUCAAGAAAAACGGCGUCAAAGUUUUCAAUUCACUUAAUAUGCUACCCUAAGUAAAAUGAAAGGCACAUUUUCAACUAAUGAGACACUGUCAAUAGAUAUCGCCAGAUAUAGUUACCAUUUCUGCAUACUAUAAUAAACUUUUUUUUUGAAUUCUGACAUUCCUCCAACAAACGGGCGAUACUUAAAUAUACUUAUAUUAACUUUUUUUACAAGGGAUAUUUAAAUAAUUUGUUUACUGGCAUAAGAAAAGAGUACGCAGCAUAACUCAUUGGGGGUUGUUAACGCACCUUCCUUUUUGAGAAACCUAGUUGGUGUUGUGACUUAAUAAAACACUUGCGAAAAUGUGUAUGAAAUGAUAUUUGUAACACCAUAGCUGUGUAUAAAUUCGGGUCGCUCCGGUACCGUGGACGUGACUGUCAAGAAAACAUAUCACCUUGGUCAAAAAGUUCCCAGAAUAUAUGCCGAAAAUUUGAAAAACAAGUUUAUUCCUUAAAAGUGGUGUUAUCGUCUUGAAAGUACUUCCCAUCAACUGCAACGCACUUAGUCCUGUGUUUGGUUCCAGCUCUCCAAACAUUUCGGAGACUCUACUUUUGGUAUAGCCUUCAGCGUCGUCUUCAAUUUUUCCAUUAUUUCUUUAAAACGCGUUCCCCGUAGCGGAAAAAAUCGCAGGGAGCCAUAUCAGGUGAAUUCGUUGGCUGUUGGAUGGUAUUCGUUUCAUUCUUGGUAAAAAAAUGCAGGGAUAAUCAUGGCACUGAUCGACGGUGCGUUACCAUGGUGCAAAAGCCAUGAGAUAUUUUUCCACAAAUCCUUUCUGUUUUUGCGAAUUGCUUCAGUUAUGUAUGAGACGUUUUCGCCCAAAUAAUACUUCUUAUUAACUGUUUGGCCUUCUAGCGAAAAUUUUUGGUGUAUAAUACUGUUAUAAUUCAUUCUCCUUCUUUUUUGACUGACGACGGGGAUUCUUUGGUCAUGGUUCAUUCGGAGUUCUCCUUUCACUCGCCUGAUGUCUGUAUUGCGUGUCGUAUUCAUAAAUCCACGCCUCGACUUCGGUAAUUAUGUGUUUGAUGGAUGUUUGGUCGGAUCCAGCUUGGAAAGCUGUAUCCACGCAGUUCCUUUUUUGCAUGAAAUUCAUGUCCUUUGGGACCAACUUUGCAGCAACACGGCGGAAGGCCAAAUCAUUAACUACAAUGUCCUGAACGCAUCCAUAAGCAAUGUCCAAUGUGCCAACUCACUGGUGAUUAAGUUGCGUUUAUUAAUAAACUUUUCUUUCAAUUUAUUCAUGCUUUCAUGAGUUUUCGAUGUCGGCGGCCUACCACUAAGCAGGCCGGUUAUCAUCCUCGAUGGACUCACAAUCUCUUCCGUCACUCGAAAACGGCUCUUUUCAUUAGAAUAUCAUUACCGACACAGUUUCUCAACCUUUCUAAGGUUUUCACACCAUUCAACCCCUUUACAAACCCAUUGUUGUCAAAUCUAUUUUUAAAACUGCAAAAAUUCGAAAAAACGCGCAGAGGUAGAUUUACUCACGACAGCGUAACUUUUACAAAUGUCAUCAAAUUUUGAUAGGAAUGUUAAUCAAAAGUGUAGCAAUCUAACAAGAACAAGAAAAAAACAGAAUUCAAAGCAGCGGGCUUAGAGCAUCACCUGGCUGUUGUUCCGUAAACUUUUUGAUCAAGGUAGUAUUUAGGUAAUGCGUUAUAUUUGUGAUCAAUCACAUCAGCCACUUGUUAUAGCCAAGCCAAAAAAAUAAAUAACGCAAACUAGCACUAAUAUUAAUGUAUACAAGUACGCUCAAAGACGUUACUUUCUACUUUUACGUUUUCAAUAGCUUCGUUGUUAAAUUGAUUUAGUAAUUUGAAGUUUCCGAAAGUUGAGAGCAACCAUCCACAGUCUUGCUGCUUAAAGUACUCUUGGAAACUAAAAAAUUGGUUUGUUGACGUACAAGCUGCUAUUUAUUGCCAUUUAGAAAACCAUUUCGUUUAGUUCAAAUUGCAAUAGAAACUGGUAGGCAGCAUAAAUUCUUUAGAGAGUUGCGCUCAUUUAAUGCGAACACUACGCGCCGCCGCAGCUUUACACGAACACAGUUCUAUAGAGACGCUUUUUACAAGAACGUCCCUCCACUCUGCAUCACUUCACGUCCCAUCUCGACAAAUUGCUAAUGUCGCUCAAUGUAAUUGUGAGAAAAGCCAAGAUCACUUUAAAUUUGUAUGUAAAUAAACGAAUAUGAAAUGAGUAAAUAGAUAUUUAUCUAGUUUAUAGAUCGUUGUUAACGGUACUAAAAUAAAUUAGUAUUAAAAUUUUUAAAGUCACCUACAAUUCAUUAAAAAAGGUAUGGGCACGAUUUUUGGCAUUUUCAUAUAGUAACUUUUUAUUCAACACACACUUAUGGCAAUACUGCAUACAUAUGUAGUGAAAGGACACAUGCUAGCAAUUUGUUAAGUAACAGUAUAAAUUAAUAAAUUAAGUAUUACAAUAAAUACAUCUUUCUUAAAUACUUUCAAAGAAACGAAAAAUAUAUAGUAAAUAAACUUUCUUUAUUGACAUACCGACUACAGAUAGUAUAAUAAUCUAGGACCACACACACAGACACACAGUCAGUAGAGUCAAAACGUGAAAUCGUAUGCAAUAAUUACAUAUACAAUAUAUAAGAGUAUGUAUAUAUGAAAACUCUAUUUAACAAGUACUUGUAAUCAAAGCCAGGGAGCAGCAAUAUGUAUUAUGUAGCUGGAAACUUUGACAAAUAAACAGAAGAGCAAACGAAUAAGAAUGUAUGAUGAAUGCGCAUAUUGUAUGUGAAUUGUAUUGAACUAACAAAAGCUGCACUGACAGACCAUAGAACCUCCCAAACAGUGAAAGGGCAACUCAUGUAUCUACUAAAACUUGUGAGCGACAUUUACAAUGCCAAAAACUAAUUUGCUCCAAUUAAACUCAUCUUUGAACCGAUUGAUUUUUAGCAUAGUGAGCUUUUAGUACAGGAGUGACACAUUCGCUGUUUUUGAUGUUCUGUGGGCAACCGACCUUAGCACGCAACGCGAAUAACAGUCUCAUAUUCGUGUGAAAAAGAAACGUAUUACUUUUAAUUACUGCAUAUUUCUAGGCAUUACCUAUACAUGUGCAGUCAGUUUAAUAAAAGUGUGAAGUCAUUUGUAGAUCGAAAUCGUUAAUAAUGAACUAUUAGAAUUUACCCUUAAACAAGGGUAGGAUUUUAUGUGAUGUGUAGUUUUUGAAUUUUGUAAUCCCUUAAUGGUAGGAAUGACAAAUAAAAUUUACUAAUCGGUUAAUGUACCAAAUAGUAAAUUGUAGUAUAAAAAAAUAAUUGCCCACAAUUGUAAAAAUGGUGAGAGCAACAUCGGCUGCCUCGUCAUCAGGGAUUCAGCCGCAGAAUUCUGCUCGCUCGUUUCACAUACUCGUUCAAUUAGUCGUUCUUCAGACGGCACCGAAGUAAAAUAGGCUUUGGUUCCGCUGAUUUUUUUUUUUUUUGUUGUAUAUCACCCACACAAUCUCAGUUUUUUCGUAAGCAAAUAGGUGCCAUAACUUUUGUUACGUCAGUGAAUUAGUUGAUUCCCUCAAAAUCGCUUAGAGCCGAGUAACAGUCCGAUGUUGAAUACAGCUCUGCAUUCUGUAUAUUACUUAGCUGUAAGUCCCUCCAUUUGUGGAACAUCAUCAAGACGCCUACUUGUUACGCAAACAAAACAUUUCUCCUCUAUCGACUGAAAUCUUCUUCCACGAAGUGAUAACUUCAACUUUGGAAACAAAAAGAAGUCGCACGGGGCCAUAUCAGGUGAAUACGGUGCUUGCACGAUGGUAUUUACUUGGUGUUUGGUCAAAUAAUCUAGCACAAUUUGGGCUCGGUGCGAUGGCGCAUUAUCAUCAUGCAAAAUCCAGGUUUUUGCCCACUUUUCCGGCCGUUUGCGACGUACAGCAUCUCUCAAACGCUUCAAAACGGAUAAAUAAUACUCUUUAUUGACUGUAAUAAACCAAAAUUUUUGGAAUUUUGAAAGAAUUUUUAAGAUGAAAGCAACUUGAACACGUUUUAAUGUUUCUUGAAUAUCACAUGAAAGCACCGUAAAAUAUUAAUGAAAAUGGCUUUAUUGCUUUUCAAAAUAUUCUUGUUGAAAGUCAAAAUACUUCUGAAUUCGCUUUAACAAAUUUUCAAAUUUCCAUGUGCAUACCUCCAAAAUGAGCCGUUUCAGGCUUUAACAGCUUCUUCAGACGUUGGAAAACGUUGACCUCACAUUUUAUUGUUGUUGUUUGGGAACAAAAAUAAUUUCUUGGGCGCUAAAUCAGGACUGUAAGGCAAAUUACCUAAUAAUUCGAUCUUCUUGAGUGCCGAAAAACAAUCUUGUGUGAGCCGAUACGUGAGAGCUCGAAUUGUCUUGGUGAAGGAUAAUUCAUCUUCAGCGGUUGGCUGGUUUUCGCCAAUUCUCCGAAAACUUCUGGCAAAUAAAAGUUUCCAUAAUGGUGCGGCUAGGAUAUGAAGACAUUUUCUGAAAAAAUAAUCAGCGAUUUACUUUGUUGUAACGAAACCUACUCUCAAAGCGCGAAAAUUAAGAAUUUUUACAGAUUUUUUUGGCAGACAAAAAUAAUUACAUUUUUUGGAGCUUCAUCAACUUGAUAAUUGAAUACUAGCUGGUCCUCGCGACUUCGUUUGCACUUUAAAUAAAUUUCUAAAAUCGAUAUUAAAAUAAAAUAAAUAAUUGGCGCGUACACUUCUGUUAGGUGUUUGGCCGAGCUCCUCUUCCUAUUUGUGGUGUGCGUCUUGAUGAUGUUCCACAAAUGGAAAGACCUACAGUUACAAGCCCACUCCGAACGGCAGAUAUUUUAUGAGGAGUUUUUUCAUGGCAGAAAUACAAUCGGAGGUUUGCCAUUGCCUGCCAAGGGGCGACCGUGAUUAGAAAAAACUUUUUCUUAAUUUUGGUGUUUGACCGAACCCAUUCGGGGGUUGAAAAUUUUGUUCAUUCUGUACAAUAUACUUUGUUUGAUAUCCAAUUAAAUUAUAUUACUAAUUUAAAACUUUUUUUUCAAAUAAGUUAUUUAAAAAUAUUAUUGGAUUCAAGUUAAAUUUAAAUUUCUAUUGAUAUACGUAUAUAUCUAGUUUUACAAUUAAUAUAUGUUUGCUUAAUUUACAAAAAAAAAAACAAAAAAAAAAUGUUAUUUAAUGCAACUUGCUUAAAAUCCUUUCAUUCGAACCCCACAUUUUAAUAUUGAACUGACAUUUGUGAUAAAUUGCUGCUUUGUAAUAAGAUUCAGGUGGCAACGCUAUAAAAAAAAUUGCUUUUAGAAUACAUUUUUCUUAAAUAUAUUUUAUUUGAUACCCAUGCUUUUAUACUCAUGUCUAUUUUUUGAUAAAUAACUUUUUUUUUAAGUACAAACAAGAGGCAACACCCUGCUAUGAAUGUUACAUUCAAACGAUCUACAACCGGCUUUGGAUAGGCUCUCCUUUAACAUAAAAUGUUAAAAUCAGGGCUGUAGUUUUCGAAUAAUGUUCUUUCGAAAAAAUGUGCAACGUUUCUAUGAAUGUUUUCAUAUAUGUAGAGACUAAUGUCCAAAAAAAGUUUUUUUAUAAACACAAAAGGGUAAUGGAAGAGUGCAGUAGAGGCAGUAUAAUACUAAUAAUGCAGUACGCAUCGCAAAAUAUCAUUUAUAUGAAUCUACAAAUACAAAAUAAAUUAAAAAAAAUUGCAAACAUAGUAAUAAUACAAAUUUUAAGUUAAAAAAUUCUUCUUUAAACUGAAAAUUAAAAACGAAAAACUAUAAAGAAUGCCAAUUUUGCGCCAAUUCGUUCUAAUGGUUUUUAAGUGAGGCGGCACGCCAUUUUGAUUGAAUAAUUUUACGGCACUGUCAACAGGGCUUUCACUAACAACCUUUUUUAUGCUACAUAUGGCUGUUAAAUGUUAUAUUCUGCCAAACAAAAGUGACUGUCAUUCGUGCUACAUAUUAGGGCUGCAGCUUUUGUUAUAUCAUUACAAAAAUGGGUCUAACUCUAUUAUAAAGAAAAAAAUGUAUUUAUAAAAUUCUUCUAUCAAAUAUAUGAAAUCAAAUUAAAUAUGUAAUUAGCAAAGUACUCGAAUUACUCAGCACAUUAAUUUCAACUACGAAUUUAAAUACCUUUGUACUUACUUACAUAUACUAUGUAGUUUUCACAACCGUAAAUCAAUUGUCAACUAUUACCCUAAAUAAAAUAACUAGCUAUAUAUAUUCAUAAAACACAUAUUAAAACGAGAAACUUAUCUCACUCGCAUACGAAGACUUGAAACAGCGAGCAAAGUAUUAAAAUACCUUAGCAUAUACAUAUUUAUGUACUUUCACAAAUCUCAACGAAAUCUGUGUGUAUGUACAAUACAUGAAAGUCUGUCGACAAAUCAAAACUUUUCUGAAACCAAACUGAAACCAAAAUCACAUUAGGGUGAGUCUAUACGCUAAAGUCAUUGGUUGGUUAAAUCAUCAAUAGUUAGUAGUUGCUUUCAAAGUUAUAAACGAAAAAUGUCAAGUGAAGGAAGUUUUAUCUUUCGAUGACGAAUAACCAAAUCAACAAGGUUUUCUGUUUGUUUUACAAUAACAAAACACAUACUUACAUAUGCCACACAGUACAUACAUAAAAACUCGCCCUUUCAAGCUAUAUGAGGAAUUUUACUUUAUAAUAAAUAGACACAAAAACAAAAAAAAACUUUCCCACACCAGCCAUAUUUGGCAUAAUAAUAAUUACUAUACAGAAAUAAAUAAAUACGUAACAACUGAAUUGCGACAAGUUUUCGCAUUGUUCAUUACAUAAUACCAAACAAAAUUCCAUUCAAUACUUUUACUUACACACAAAUCACAAUAAAAUGUAGUAUGCAGAAAAUGAGAGACCUUUUUCGAAGUUUUUAAAAUAAAUAAAUGUUUUUAUCGGUGUCCAACAACAACA